CAGGUCAAAGCAGAGCACCAGCACCCGACAGGAUUAUUAUAGCCACUUACCAUUCCAGAAUGGAAGUGGGAGCAUGUUACUAUGGACUUCGUGGUAGGUCUGCCACGGACGGUUAGGAACUACGACGCGGUAUGGGUGGUAGUUGAUAGGCUGACCAAGAGUGCUCAUUUCCUACCUAUCAACACUAUUUAUACGCUUGAGCGACUGGCCAAGUUGUAUACAUAUGAGAUCGUGAGACUGCAUGGGGUUCCGGUUACUAUAGUGUCGGAUAGAGACCCACGGUUCACAUCACGGUUUUGGCCUAAGUUCCAGGAAUCCAUGGGAACAAAGUUGAGGUUUAGCACGGCAUUCCAUCCUCAAACGGAUGGGCAAUCUGAACGGGUGAUUCAGAUUUUGGAGGACAUGUUGAGGGCAUGUGCCUUAGAAUUCCAAGGAAGUUGGGACAACCAGUUGGCUUUGGUAGAAUUCGCCUAUAACAACAGCUAUCAGGCAAGUAUAGGCAUGCCUCCAUACGAGGCAUUUUAUGGGAGGAAAUGUCGGACACCUUUAUGUUGGGAUGAGGUUGGCGAGGCCAAGCUUGAGGGAACUGAGCUAGUUGAGAUCACCAAGGAGAAGGUGAAAGUUAUUCAGGAUAGGCUCAAGGCUGCCCAAGAUCGACAGAAGAGCUACGCUGAUAAACGUCGGAGGGCGUUGGAGUUCGAGGUCGGCGAUGAGGUGUUCCUGAGAGUGUCACCUUGGAAAGGGAUUAUCAGGUUCCUCAGUCGGGGUAAGCUUAACCCACGUUACAUAGGCCCAUUCAAAAUCAUUGAAAGAAUCGGGGUCGUAGCGUACCGACUUCAGUUAACUCCAGAGUUGGAAAAGAUUAAUAAUGUGUUUCAUGUUUCGAUGCUCAAGAAGUAUGUACGGGACCCGUCACAUAUUCUUGAGAAACCACCGGUAGAAAUCCGGGAAGACCUUCACUAUGCGGUGCAGCCGGUCAAGAUCAUGGACCGACAGGUAAAGAAGCUAAGGAGUAAAGAGGUACCGAUGGUGAAGGUACUUUGGAAGAGUGAUCGUGUCGAGGAGCAAACUUGGGAAGUGGAGACCCUGAUGAGGGAACAGUAUCCAUUUCUGUUUGACUAGACACGUGGAUUUCGGGGACGAAAUCCCAAGUAUGGGGGGUAGAACUUGUAACACCGCCCCCAAGUAUUUGUACUUUAUCAAAUUAUGUAUCAAACCCCGAGGAAUGAACAAACGCAUUUUUAGAGGAAUGAACAAACG